AUGGGCAAAAUCAUCGAGUCGAUCCGCAGCGCGUACGCAACUCGUACGGAUGACACCUCGGCCCGCCCAACGGUUUCCUUUGAGUUCUUCCCCGCCAAAACGAAUGCAGGCGUGUUUAACCUGCUGACGCGUGUAGAGGAGAUGGGGCUGGCGCUGCAACCAACCUUCGUGACGCUCACGUGGCGUUCAGCCUUCAAGGACGAGGCAUUGUGGCUGCGCAUUGGAGCCCAUAUCCAAAACGAAUUCCAGCUUGAUGUGCUGCUGCAUCUCACAUGCCAUCUUCCCACGGAGCAGCUCAAGCGCAUCCUUAAGAACGCUCGUGCCGCUGGUAUCCGCAACAUUUUGGCUCUGCGAGGAGACCCUCCCAUCGGUGCUGAACAGUGGUCUCCCGUAGAGGGAGGACUAAGCAAUGCCGUAGAUCUUAUCAAACUCAUCCGAGAGGAGCAUGGAGACUACUUCUGUAUCGCCUGCGCAGGCUACGCGGAGGUGCAUACCGAGUCGUGGAACCAUCCGGACUUACCGCCGUCCAAUGAGGCUCGUGCCCUGGACCUACAGCGACUCAAGGCUAAGCAAGACGCAGGUGCUGACUUCAUUAUCACACAAUUCUUCUUCGACGUGGAUAACAUGAUUCAUUGGUGCAAAACCCGAGUACCUGAGAAGGUGCUGGCAGCUCUAGACGCCAUUAAGAACGACGACGCGGCUGUGCGUCGAUACGGAAAAGGACAGUCCAGGUGA